CAUUUCACACAUUGCUAAACUAAAAUCACAAAAACAACUCUUUAUUUUUUUCAACAGCAGCAGAAGAAGAUCCAAGUGCAGAAGAUGGAUUCAUUCGGCGGCGGAUACUACGUUGAUGAGAAAGCGGCGCGUGUCGAAAACAUCUUCCUUGAGUUCCUCAAAAGUUUUCGAUUAAAUCCCAAUUCUCGAGAACCCCAUUACGAAUCGGAGAUCGAGGCCAUGAAACCUAAUGAAUCCAACACUAUGUUCAUUGAUUUCUCCCAUGUUAUGCGUUUCAAUGAUGUGCUUCAGAAGGCCAUUGCUGAUGAGUUCUUAAGAUUUGAGUCGUCGUUGAAGAAUGCGUGCAAACGGUUUGUGAUGGAGCAGAAGCCUACUUUUAUUACUGACGAUAACCCCAAUAAGGAUAUCAAUGUUGCUUUUUAUAAUCUUCCCAUGUUAAAAAGAUUGAGGGAAUUAAGUACAUCUGAAAUUGGAAAAUUAGUAGCAGUGAGGGGGGUGGUGACUCGGACUAGUGAGGUUAGGCCAGAGCUUCUACAGGGUACUUUCAAGUGUUUAGAGUGUGCCACAAUUAUCAAGAAUGUUGAGCAGCAGUUUAAGUACACUGAGCCUUCCAUUUGUAUGAAUCCUAUGUGCUCAAAGGGUAAAAGCUUUGCACUGCUUCGUCAAGACAGUAAAUUUGCAGAUUGGCAGAGGGUUCGAAUGCAGGAAACAUCAAAAGAAAUACCUGCAGGCUCCCUUCCCAGAACAUUGGACGUCAUCCUUCGCCAUGAUAUUGUUGAACAGGCCAGGGCCGGUGACACGGUCAUAUUUACUGGCACUGUAGUUGUGAUACCAGACAUAAUGGCAUUAGCCUCUCCCGGGGAACGAGCUGAGACACGCCGAGAAGCUUCUCAAAAAAAGAAUCCCGGAGGGCAAGAAGGUGUCAAAGGCCUUAGAGCCUUGGGAGUCAGAGAUCUCUGUUACCGACUUGCCUUCAUUGCAAAUUCAGUACAGAUAUGCGAUGACAGAAAGGACUCGGACAUCAGAAAUAGAAAGAGAGAUGCUGAAGAUGAUGACAGUCAGGAGUUCACGACAGAAGAGCUAAAUGAGGUUCAACAGAUGAGGAACACCCCUGAUUUCUUCAAUAAGCUGGUUGAUAGCAUUGCUCCUACUAUAUUUGGCCAUCAAGAUAUCAAGAGAGCAAUAUUGCUUAUGCUUCUGGGUGGUGUCCAUAAAUUUACUCAUGAAGGAAUCAACUUGAGAGGAGAUAUCAAUGUUUGUAUUGUUGGAGAUCCUAGCUGUGCCAAGUCUCAGUUCCUUAAGUAUACUACAACCCUAGUUGCUAGAUCUGUGUAUACAUCUGGCAAAUCCUCGUCUGCUGCUGGAUUGACGGCAACAGUUGCUAAAGAGCCGGAAACUGGAGAGUUCUGUAUCGAGGCUGGAGCACUGAUGCUAGCUGAUAAUGGGGUUUGUUGCAUUGAUGAAUUUGAUAAGAUGGAUGUUCGAGAUCAGGUUGCAAUUCACGAAGCAAUGGAACAACAGACAAUAAGCAUAACAAAAGCAGGCAUACAAGCAACCUUAAACGCAAGAACUUCCAUUUUGGCUGCAGCCAAUCCCACUGGAGGCCGCUAUGACAAGUCUAAACCCCUGAAGUACAAUGUGGCUCUUCCUCCUGCUAUCCUGUCAAGGUUUGAUCUUGUGUAUGUCAUGAUCGAUGACCCUGAUGAUCAAACAGAUUACCACAUUGCUCACCACAUUGUUAGAGUUCAUCAAAAGCGUGAAGCGGCAAUUUCUCCAACGUUCUCGACUGCCCAAUUGAAGCGUUACAUUGCCUAUGCAAAGACCCUAAAACCGAAACUUAGUGCAGAAGCCAGACAAUUGUUGGUGGAAUCCUAUGUUACUUUACGCAGAGGUGAUACAGCUCCUGGGAGUAGAGUUGCAUAUCGCAUGACAGUUAGACAGCUGGAGGCGUUGGUCAGACUUUCAGAAGCUAUAGCUCGAAGCCAUCUUGAAGUUCAGGUGGCUACGCGUCAUGUGCGUCUUGCAGUGAGACUACUGAAAACAUCAAUAAUCAGUGUGGAGUCAAGUGAGAUCGAUCUAUCUGAGUUUCAAGAUGGAGAUUUUGAAGUUGAAGGUGCUGACCCUGCAGCAGCUGAAGCUGGACAAAGUGGUGCUGAACCUGAAUCAACUUCUAACAAUGCAGAAAAUGGUGAUGAUGCUACAGGACAGCAGAAAAAGAAACUUGUUAUAACUGAUGAAUAUUUUCAGCGGGUCACCCAAGCCCUUGUUAUGCGUCUGAGACAGCACGAGGAGACUGUUACACAAGAAGGGUCUGGACUAGCUGGAAUGAGGCAGAGGGAUCUGAUACAGUGGUAUGUGGGCCAGCAGAACGAGAAAAACAACUACAGUUCCAUGGAGGAAGCAGCAGCCGAAGUUUCUAAAAUCAAAGCAAUUAUAGAGAGUUUGAUACGGAGAGAAGGCCAUUUGAUAGUUCUGGAUGAUGGAACACAAGCAGCGGAAGAGGGUGAAAAUGCUAGGCAGCCUUCGUCUAGAAAUGAUAGAAUUCUUGCUGUGGCACCAAAUUAUGUUAUUGAUUGAUCCUGCAGUGUUUUUUUAGUGCUGAACUAUUCUAUCUAAGGUAAGCUAUUGAGCCAAUGCAGUGUCCCAGGCCCUGGAGGCCCUGUACUGACAUUAAAAAUGUUUGAGGGCAGGCUGUAGUCGCUAAAAUUUGAAGUUCUGCUCACACUUCACCUCCUUUGGACUUGAUCCGGGCAAGACGUACUGUGUUCAUGUCAGAGGGCAUAAUGUUUAACUUCGGAAUGGGACAAAUUUGGUUGAAUAUGUUUUGAUUGGAUACAUUUAAAUUUAUUGUUUUAAUUAAAGAGAUCCUUUGAAUUGGUAAAGCGAUUUGCGAAUAA